GCAUUACAUCACAAUAUUAUUCAGUUUGUUAACUGUCAGUUUACACUUUCAGCUGUUUUAUAACGUCCACAGACAGCGAAUGUUGUCGGAAGUGACGCAGAUUGAAGUGAAGUCUCGCGAAAGUGCGUGGCGGCCAUUUUUCCUCCAUUGAUUGCUGUUUUUGCUUACAGUCCAGCAAGAAAGAAAGUAACGCAGAUUAAGCUGGAUUACGAGCCAUUUAGCCUAAAAGUAGUCUCCCCGACAUCGACUCGUUUCUCCUAACACGCUCAGAAUGCUGUCCCAAAGCCAAUCGCAGGGCUCCUGUUGUUGACAGCGGACCGCGGCUGGAUGAUCAGAUGGAAAUGGUGCCCAGCGAAGAAAAGCAGCUUGUGCCCAAAGAGGGCAUUUUUUGGAGUUGCAGGCAGAGUAUUUUUGAGGAAAUGCAGAAGAAGUUCUCGCAGAUUGAAAGUGCAGCGGAGGAGCCAAGAGUGUUGUGUAUAGUGCAGGACACCACCAAUGCCAAGACCGUCAAUGAGAGGCUGACGCUCAACCUGCCCGCCUCCACCACUCUCAGCAAAUUCUUUGAAGAUGUGGCGCACAAGGCUGGAUACGUCAACGGCACUUUCUGCCUGUCAUGGGCCAACACUGGCGACAUGGCUCCUCUGGACCAGGCCAGUGAAAUGUCCCUGGUGAUGUCCGGUUUUGAGGCGGGGAAAAGAAAUUUUCUGCAGCUCACAGACAAGGAUGGGGAGCAGCCGCAGAUCGCUUCAGAUGAAUCUGCCACAGCAGACAGCGGUGGUCUUGAUGACAGCUCUCAGGAUCGCUUCAUCGGACCCUUACCGCGGGACGGUACUGUAGGCUGCAGCAGUGACUACAGCAGCCCCAGUUAUUCCUACUCCUCCAUACUCAACAAAUCAGAGACAGGUUAUGUUGGUUUGGUCAACCAAGCGAUGACCUGUUACCUGAACAGCCUCCUGCAGACCCUUUUCAUGACCCCUGAGUUCAGGAAUGCACUCUAUAAUUGGGAGUUUGAGGAUUCUGAGGAGGAUCCGGUCACCAGUAUUCCAUACCAGCUCCAGAGGCUGUUUGUUCUCCUGCAGACCAGUAAAAAGCGUGCCAUCGAGACCACAGACGUGACCCGCAGCUUUGGCUGGGACAGCAGUGAGGCUUGGCAGCAGCAUGACGUCCAGGAGCUGUGCCGAGUCAUGUUUGAUGCACUGGAGCAGAAGUGGAAACAGACUGAGCAGGCCGACCUGAUCAACCAGCUUUACCAGGGCAAGCUGAAGGACUAUGUGCGCUGUUUGGAGUGUGGCUAUGAGAGCUGGAGGAUUGAUACGUACCUGGACAUCCCUCUGGUCAUCAGGCCCUUCGGCGCCAGCCAGGCUUUUGGCAGCGUGGAAGAAGCUCUGCAGGCCUUCAUCCAGCCUGAGACUCUAGACGGGCCCAAUCAGUACUUCUGUGAGCGCUGCAAAAAGAAAUGUGACGCCCGGAAGGGUCUGAGAUUCCUUCAUUUCCCAUACCUGCUGACUCUGCAACUGAAACGCUUCGACUUUGAUUACACCACUAUGCACCGCAUUAAACUCAACGACCGCAUGACCUUCCCUGAGGAGCUGGACAUGAGCCCCUUCAUUGAUGUCGAGGAUGAGAAAUCUCCUCAGACUGAAAGUUGCACUGACAGUGGGGCAGAGAAUGAAGGAAGCUGCCACAGUGACCAGAUGAGCAACGAUUUCUCUACGGAUGAUGGUGUAGAUGAGGGCAUCUGUCUGGAUAACGCCAGCAGCGCGGAGCGGGUGCUCAAACCAAAGAGCUCCUUGACCUUUGAACUCUUCUCGGUCAUGGUGCAUUCUGGGAGUGCAGCAGGUGGACACUACUAUGCCUGCAUCAAGUCCUUCAGUGACAGCCAAUGGUACAGCUUUAAUGACCAGCACGUCAGCAAGAUCACGCAGGACGACAUACGGAAGACAUAUGGCGGAUCCUCAGGGAGCAGAGGCUAUUACUCCAGUGCCUUUGCCAGCUCUACAAAUGCAUACAUGCUGAUGUACAGACUAAAAGACCCCUCCAGGAAUGCAAAGUUUCUGGAGGUGGAGGAUUUUCCUGAGCAUAUAAAGAGACUGGUGCAGCGAGAGAAAGAGUCUGAGGAGCAGGAGAAGAGGCAAAGAGAAAUUGAGCGCAACACUUGCAAGAUCAAGCUGUUCUGCAUGCAUCCUGUGAAGAUGAUGAUGAUGGAAAAUAAACUGGAGGUUCACAAGGACAAGACCCUCAAUGAAGCAACUGAAAUGGCCUAUAAGCUGAUGGAUUUGGAGGGAGUGGUGCCCCUGGACUGCUGUCGAUUGGUCAAAUACGAUGAGUUUCAUGAAUAUCUGGAACGUUCGUAUGAGGGUGAAGAAGACAUGCCCAUGGGUUUGCUGCUCGGCGGGGUCAAAUCUUCAUACAUGUUUGACCUGCUCCUGGAGAUCCGCAGACCCGAGCAAGCGUUCCAACCCUACAAACCUGGAGAAGUGAUGGUGAAGGUCCAUGUGGUGGAUCUAAAGAGUGAAUCUAUUGCCGCACCAGUCAGUGUCAGGGCAUAUCUCAACCAGACUAUUACAGAGUUUAAGCAACUCAUUGCACAGGCAACGGGACUUUGUGCAGAGACGAUGCGUGUCGUCUUAGAGCGCUGCUAUAAUGACCUUCGGCUUCUUUAUGUGCCCAACAAGACCCUGAAAGCAGAAGGUUUCUUCAGGAGUAACAAGGUUUUCGUGGAGAGCUCCGACUCUACGGAUCAUCAGGCUGCCUUCACCGACUCUGUUCUGUGGAAGCUCCUGGACCGCCACGGAAACACAAUCAGACUCUUUGUCUCUCUGCCUGAGCAGUCGCCAGGCUCUUUCGCCAAUAGAACUAGUUGCCCCAAAGCCAGCGCUGACUCCGAGGACUCUUUUGAUGGCGCCAAGGCCGGCAGAAAGUCAGUAGAGGCGAUCCUUGAAGAGAGCACAGAGAAGCUGAAGAACCUUUCUUUACAGCAACAACAGCAGCAGCAGCAAACCUCCAGCACCAGUGACAGUCAGAAGAGCUCCGAACACAGCGAUUUCGAGCACAUCGAGUCACCAGCACAGGAGCCGGAUGCUUCCUCACAGCCUUCGCAGACGGAGAACUGCACGCGGGCCGCUUCCGACACGGACAACCAGUUCCCUUCUGAGGAGCGUUCAGACUCGGAUGUCAAUAACGACCGCAGCACCAGCUCAGUGGACAGCGAUAUCCUGAGCUCCAGCCAUAGCAGCGACACACUGUGUAAUGCAGACAGCGGCCCGCUGCCAUUGGCUAACGGAUUGGACUCACACAGCAUCACCAGCAGCCGACGCUCCAAGGCACAUGAGGGGAAGAAGGAGACGUGGGACACGGCAGAGGAGGACUCAGGCACGGACAGCGAGUAUGAUGAGAACGGCAAGAGCAAAGCUGACACGCAGUACCUGUACUUCAAAGCAGAGCCGUACUCUCAGGAGGACGGGGCUGGAGACGGACAGAAAAGUUUACUUGUUCACGUGGACAAGAGGAUCACACUGGCAGCAUUCAAACAGAAUCUAGAGCCGUUUGUUGGCGUGCCCUCCACUCAGUUCAAGGUCUUCCGAGUUUACGCCAACAACCAGGAGUUUGAGAGCGUCAGGCUCAAUGAGACGCUCUCCUUUUUCUCCGAUGACAACAAGAUCACCAUUCGAUUGGGACGUGCUCUGAAGAAAGGAGAGUACAGGGUGAAGGUCUACCAGCUGCUAGUCAAUGACCCAGAGCCCUGUAAGUUCCUUUUGGACACUGUGUUCGCAAAGGGCAUGACUGUUCGACAGUCUAAGGAGGAGUUACUGCCUCAGCUAAAAGACCAGUGCAAACUGGACCUCAGUAUAGACAGGUUUAGACUCAGGAAGAAGACCUGGAAGAACCCAGGCACGGUGUUUCUGGAUUAUCACGUCUACGAGGAGGACAUCAACAUCUCCAGUAACCUGGAGGUGUUUCUGGAGGUCCUUGAAGAACCGGAGAGGAUGAAGUCUAUGUCCCAGUUGGCGGUUCUGACCCGUCGCUGGUGUCCGGCCCAGAUGAAGCUGGAGGCCUUUCGGGAGGUGGUGCUGGAGAGCAGCAGCGUGGAGGAGCUCAAGGAGAAGCUCAGUGAAGUGAGUGGAAUUCCUCUAGAAAACCUGGAGUUUGCCAAGGGACGAGGAACUUUUCCUUGUGACAUUUCAGUGCUGGAGAUCCAUCAGGAUUUAGACUGGAAUCCAAAGGUCUCCACCCUUAAUGUAUGGCCGCUCUACAUCUGCGACGACGGCGCUGUGAUCUUCUACAGGGACAGCAGUGAGGAGCUGAUGGAGCUUUCCGAAGAGGAGCGCAAUGAACUGAUGAAGAAGGAGAGCAGUCGCCUGCUGAAGACGGGCCACCGGGUCAGCUACUCGCCCCGCAAAGAGAAAGCACUCAAAAUCUACUUGGACGGAGGGCCCACCAAAGACCCAGGACUGGACUGAGAGCCAGAGGGGAAACCAAUCCUUCCCUGUUUUCUAUCUGGCCUGCCCCGCUGCAGUGUAGCGCUGCCUGCCAGCAACCCUGGCGUUUGGGCCCCGCGUUGAAUCAACGUUCACCAGUGCUGUCCGGCUGACGCUCUCUUCUUUGAGCUCCAGAACGCAUAGCGUGGCUCAAGAGUACUAUCGUGCUCCAUAGUUUAUUGUACUGUAAAGUUUAAAGGGAAGUGCAAAAAGCUAUUUCAAGUUCAAUAUCAUCCAGAUAAAUCACUUUAAUAAUACACCAGAGAUGGGCGCGCUCAUUUCGAGGGCCUUUUGGGAGAGAUUUUAUCAUUUCUUUGGUCUGUUUGCACUCUCCGUUAAUUAUCGUCCUGUCGUUCUGCAUCGUGUCCAUCAUUCGCUCUAUUAUUUCGAGAUGCGCCCAUCGAUUCGUCGCGUCCAUCAUGCAGAGCGUGCGCGUAAUGUAUCCACACACCCCCCCCCCCCCCACCCCCCCCAAUCUGCUUGGUAGAGCUCUUCGAUCGACUCCAGCCUGUAGUUCUGGCACUUUCAUCACUUGAAAUCUUGGGUAUGACGCUCUCACUUGAAUAUUGGGAUGUCUCUCCUUUUUUUUUUUGGUUUAUUUAACACAUAGUUGUGAAAUUAAAUGCUGCUUUUUCUGGCUGAAGAGGUUCUAUUCUUGCAGUUCAUGCUUCCUAUUUUUUGUUUUUGUGUGUGUGUGGGGUGUGGCUGUCGGUUUGCCCCGCCUACUGACUGCUGAAGCUCCGCCCUUCACCUCUCACUACACUUCCUACUGGGGCAAUUGACACUGGUACAUAUGAAUUUGCAAGCCUUUAAAAAUAGGGCGAAAUGAAUCAAGUAGUGCGCUUCGUUCACCCGAUUCAUUCGUUUUUGUUUUGUUUUUUUGUAAAUUAUUUCACCGCAGACUGAUUAAGAUGAUGUUGGUCUUGUGAGAGACUUUUAACGGCACGUGUUUUAAUUAUUUUGAUCUGUACUCUGCUUUUUUUUUCUCAUUUAGACAAGUCCUGUGCUUUUUCUUUUCGUUUUUGUUUUGAUUUCUGCACAUUGCGAACAGAGCCUGUGGGUUUGGGGUUGUGGCAGGUGUGCAUGUGUGGAAGUGCUUCUCGCUGCUGUUUUUGGCGUCGCUGGAGGGGGGCAGAGGGGUCUGGACGUCCCGCUGGGGGAGCGCCAGUGUCCGAGCUCCACCGCAGACUCCUAAUGCUGCCACAAGCUGUUCACAGUAGACAUGCCAAUACUGAAAUAAAAAGCAACAAUCAGUCUCUGUCUGCCUGCCUUCAGGUUGACCUGCAUGAAGAGCUCAGAGUUUGAGCAGUUUAUUGGGUGGUGUAAAGAAUCGAGUUAUUUCUAAAGGUUGUCUACUCUCAUUCAGAAAUCAUAACAAUUUUAAAUUAUAGUUAAUAUAAAUUAUAUACGCUCUG